AUGUCGAAAUUAAAUCGCGAUCAAAUUAGUGCUUUACUUCAAGAAGAUGAUGAUGAAUCCAUGGAAUCAGGAACUGAUUUUAGUGACGAAAGUGAUGAUAUUUAUAGUCCUGAGUUAGAUAAAACCACUGGCAAUGACGAUUCUUCCAGCGAUUCAGAGGAGACCGGAUUGAGUGACGAGAAUGGUGGCAUAGACGAUCAACCUGCACGAGGUACCAUAGCGGUAAAGUGGCAGGACGUCAAAGAGGUAAUGCUGCUCAGUAACUGCCACACAUCUGAAAUGAGCGCUGUUAGACGCAAAAUGAAAGAUGGAACUGCGGCAGACUUUCCAUGCCCUGACACCGUAAAGGCGUACCGCGCAAUAAUGGGCGGUGUGGACUUGGCAGAUCAAAUGUUGGGAUUGUAUGAUAAAAACAUAAAAUCAAAUAAAUGGUGGAAAAAGUAUUUUAUCGUGCCAUAA